AUGGCAGGGCAAUCGGCAGCCCAGGCGCUGCUGCUCAGGUGCCUCUUCUUCCUGAUCGUCUUGUCCGUCCGAGCCGAGACGGAAAAGCCAGAUCUCCGAUGUCCGGAUUAUGUGGCUAACUACGCGCCUCUUGUCUGGCUGCAUUCUGAAGAUCCGUAUAUGCCCAGCGACUUGCUCGCCCAUCUUCAGCACACGACACCAACGGUGCAAGGCCAUGCAAUUAAUGGUAUACCUUCAAUUGAUCUCGGCAACUUGGGGACGCUUAACGAGUUUGGAGAUGAAGAUGUUGCUCUGGUAUCCAAAGAUGAUCCCUUUUCUUAUCCCAAAUGGAUUCUCGGCGAGGCACCAGACGAUGCUGGCAGGAUACACAAUGCCACACCUUGCGCCGUCAUUCUCGUAGAGAAGAAUGAGGUUGACCUGGAUGCGUUCUACUUUUACUUUUACUCGUACAACGAGGGUCCCAACAUCACUCAAGUCCUGGAGCCUCUGAAUCGUCUUGUUACAAGCGAAAAGGCCUCCGCAGGGAUGCAUUUCGGCAACCACGUUGGAGACUGGGAACAUAACAUGGUCCGCUUCCGAGACGGCAAACCUGUUGGCAUUUAUUACAGUCAACAUGUGGAUGGCGAGGGCUACGACUGGAAUGACGCAGCGGUUUCCAAAGCUGGUGACCGACCUAUCGUGUACAGUGCUCGAGGGUCUCACGCUAACUACGCUAUGCCUGGCGCACCCGUACACAAUGCGGCUUUGAUUGACUACUGCGACGAAGGGAAAAGAUGGGAUCCCGUCUUGUCGGCCUAUUUUUACAAACUCGACACCGACACCUUCACUCUUAUCCCCCUCACCCCUCCAAAGCAACAAUCUCCGAGAUCUUCCUUCAAUCACACGUCAUGGUUUGAGUACAAAGGACACUGGGGUGAUUUCCAGUUCCCUCAAUCCGAUCCUCGCCAAGAAACCAUCCCCCGCUUCGGAGUUCACCGCUUCGAGACGGGGCCGAACGGACCCCGAUUCAAGCACCUGUUGCGAAAAGGUCUUGUCCGAGAUCAAGCACGGAGAUUAAGCUGGACGGAGUGGGCUGUGGGUAUAUACAUGGCUUGGUAUCCUUGCUGUAUAAGAGGAUGGAGGAAAUGGAUUUCUGUGGGUGUGAUUAUCACUGCUUUCGCCGCCGUUGUGGUUGGCAUCAUACUUGGCGUUAGGAGGCUGAGGAAACCGAAAACUGUCUACACAAAACUACAGGCGGAGGAUAUCCAGAUGGAUGAGUGGAGGAGAGAUGAGGAGGCCUUGCUGUCAUCAUCUGAGGAUGAAGAUGACCGCCAUCGCCGGUAG